AAGUUGUCAAUGAACGAUGUGGAGCUGAGCUUCAGCAGAAGCGCGAGCGACGGAGUUCGUCAUUCCUCUCAGUCCGCGGGAGCGCCGUUAACGCGCUGCAGGUGACGCAAACCGAGCGAUGCUCCACUGUCCAUCCUCAUGAAAGCGACAAACGUGCGUCUUCCUUUUGAAACAGCGUGAUUUGGGAAUAGACUGUCCCGUUGGAUCGCUGUGAAGCUUCAGAAUGAAAUCCUUCAAAUAUCCUUCAAAUCCUCUCCUGGAACUAACCGUCAUCUGUCUGUUCAUUCAAAACUCCUGGAUGGAGACCGAAGCAGCAUCCAUGAUGGCUGGCAGGGCAGUGACAGAAAACUGCCCUUUGGGUCAGUUCCCUUGUGGAAACAUGAGUGUGUGUUUGCCUCAGGUCCUUCAGUGCAAUGGCCACAGGGACUGCAAGAACGGAGCAGAUGAGGAACACUGCGGGGACAACAGUGGAUGGGCGGAUAUCUUUGACCGCACUAUAAAAAAGGCAGAGCCACAGGACCUUCCUAAUGACUGCUUUGUGCAGCAGUAUCCAGAGAGCUGUGAUUGCAUUAAGACCGAGGUGGAAUGUGUUGACGUCAACUUGCAUGUUGUACCAAUCCUCUCCUCCAAUGUGACUUGGUUAUCCCUGAAGAACAAUAAGAUCAGGAAUUUGGAUGAUUACAUCUUCUCCAAAUACACACAACUGCAGAGGCUGUUUCUUCAGAACAACGUAAUUCAGAUGGUCUCAAGCUGUGCCUUCAGUGGACUAUACACUCUAGAAAAACUGUUUCUUAGCCAAAACCACAUAAGCUAUUUAGGACCAGGUGUAUUCAGAGAUCUACACAAAUUAGACUGGCUAGUACUGGAUCACAAUCCAGUUAAAAGUGUCACCUAUGAUACUUUCAUCGGUCUGAGGUCGCUGACAUUUCUAUCAAUGGUAAACACAUCCCUGAUGUGGCUGCCCGAUUCAAGUCUCUGUCAACAUAUGCCCUUGCUCAGGUGGCUGGACUUCGCUGAGAACCAUGUUGAGUUCUUGAAUUAUUCCUCUCUGAAGACCUGCACCGAGCUCACAGUGCUAUCACUGCAUGACAAUAAAAUCAAGAUCCUUCCAGAAAACACCUUUCAUUCUCUUGGAUCUUUGGUUGAACUAGAUUUGUCUUGCAACAGAAUUUCCGAUCUUCCUAAAAACACUUUCAGGAGUUUACAAUAUCUGCAGAAACUGAACAUAUCCCAUAAUCCUUCACUCCAUAUUCAUGCCAGCUACUUCGAUCACCUAGUCCAACUUCAGUCUCUAAGUCUGGAGGGCAUUGAGAUUCCUAAAAUAUCCACCAAGAUGUUUCUUCCCAUGGGGAACUUGUCCCACAUAUAUUUUAAGGAUUUUCAGUAUUGUUCCUAUGCCCCACAUGUACGGAAAUGUAAACCUAAUACAGAUGGCAUUUCAUCAGUGGAAGACCUGUUAGCCAGCCAUGUUCUGCGGGUGUCCGUCUGGGUUAUGGCCUUCAUCACCUGCUUCGGGAAUCUCUUUGUUAUCGGAAUGCGCUCCUUCAUUAGAGCAGAGAACAACCUGCAUGCAGCCUGCAUCAAAGUCCUGUGUUUUGCUGACUGUCUGAUGGGAGUCUAUCUUUUCUUCCUGGGGAUAUUUGAUGUGAAAUUUCGGGGCGAAUAUAACCGGAAUGCUCUGAUCUGGAUGGAUAGCGUGGAAUGCCGAACGAUUGGCUUUCUUGCCAUGCUCUCCUCUGAAGUAUCUGUUCUACUCCUCACCUACUUGACACUAGAGAAGUUCCUAGUCAUCGUCUUCCCGUUUAGCCAUCUGCGGCCUGGGAAGCUGCAGACAGUGUUGGCUCUGGCCUUCAUCUGGAUUCUAGGAUUCGCCAUAGCAGCUGUUCCCUUGCUAAAUGAAGACCUGUUUGGGAACUAUUAUGGGCGAAAUGGAGUUUGUUUUCCUCUGCACUCUGAUAGGCUGGAGAAACCAACAGCCAAAGGAUACUCCACAGGAAUAUUUCUAGGUCUUAAUCUGGUGGCGUUUUUGGUGAUUGUCAUUUCCUAUUCCAGCAUGUUCUGUUCCAUUUAUAAAACCGGCAUCAAUGCCACAGAUGUGCGCAGUCGGCUACACAAAGAUGUGGCCGUGGCCAACCGCUUUUUCUUUAUUGUGUUCUCUGAUGCCCUCUGCUGGAUACCCAUAUUUUUGGUCAAAACACUCUCUCUGCUAAAAGUUGAGAUUCCAGGGACAAUAAACUCCUGGGUGGUGAUAUUCAUUCUUCCAAUCAACAGCGCUCUUAACCCCAUCCUCUACACCCUGACCACCAGCUUCUUCAGAGAACAGGUGGAGCUUCUCCUUUGCCAGUGGCAGCGGCGCUCUUUGUCAAAGAAAGUCCGUAAGAGUCUCACCAGCUCCACCAUCUACAUGGAGCCCUUUCGCAAUGCAGAAUACCCUGCAAAAAUUUCCUUGCCACGACUGUCUUUGACAAACAUGGAUAACCAAUAUGGGUGAAAGAGUCAAUGAGUAAAUGGUUUUAUACUGUAGCCUAUCAUAAUCAUUAUCUGUGUUCAGACAGGAGAAUUGACAGUCUUUGCUGAAACAGUUUAGUUGAAGAAUGGAACUGUGAUUCUUGCCGUUUUGGUUCCAGUAUAUAGUGCUCUUUUUAGACACAUGACUCUAGCUUCACUGUUUUCUCCAUUAGGAGAAGUAUUUUUGAUCACUUUAGCUAGACGAGAGCCUCAGACCCCUCCAGCGUCCAUUUCCUUCCUAAACGCCAUGUUUGGCUUACAGCCCCUGAGCUGGGCUUGUUGUUUGUCUCAAAAGCUUUACAAGAAGAAAAUCAAUGACUACAAAACGCAAUGCACAAGACUGUCAGUAUUUACUGCAGAGCACAUCUGAGAGGGAUCCAAAGAACUUUAUAGUAUUAUUUACAUGAAGGGCAUUUGUUUUAUGGAAAUGUUUCGAUAUGUGGUUUUGAGGUUGAAUUUGAGAAGUUAUUUGUAAUAUACAGCAAAGUUUUUUUAUAUAUAUAUAUAUUUGUUCUGCCAUUUCACAGAAAAGAAACAUUAAAUGGAAUGCCUCAAAGUUGGUUGGUCAACAAAGUAAAUCAUUCCUGACUGAACAGAAGCAUGCAAACAAGAUAAAGUGGUGCAUAUCAUUCAGUUAUUUUUUUUUCUUUUUUAUAUUUUUUAUUUUUCUUUUUUUUUUACAAUGAUGCUAAAGCAUUUUAUUUUUAUACUCAUGCAGACUAUUUAUAAGUUAGAUUUUUGGAAAAAUGUGAACAAAUAUUCAAAGUCAGAUUUAACAAUUUAACAAGCAAUAGAUAAUUGAAAAUCUGCAGAAGUUCAUCAACCAGUGACACUAGUGAGCCAAGGAUAUCCUUGUACACUGAAACAAAUGAUAUUACAUUUUCAUAAGGUGACUUUUUUUCUUUUAAGGUAAGUGGUUGCAAACAAUUUAUU